AAAACGGGGGAAAUCCUUCAAACUGUGCGCUACCGAGUCCUUUCCAUAUGGUUGAAAAUAUGUGCUAGCGCGUUGUCGCAUCAGUGCAAACUGCACCGGCUGUUUCAAUAACGAUUCACUGCCACGCGGUUGUACUGAAACAAACGACCUCCCCCGAACAAGGAACCAAGUAACGGUCACCCGGUCGGUUCCAUAUCGAUUCUAUCUAUGCAUCGCUUGCGCAUGUGUCUACCUUGGGUGAUUCCUCAAUGAAAUACAACGAACCCCGGCGCGCGUAAUAUACAUACACUUGUAGUGAUAAUGAAUUCGCUCAAGCGUACAACCAUUUAUUUGUGUUUUUAUUUCUAACAAGACGCUACUUGCAACUGUUGACAGCGUGGGUUGUCGUAAACAAAUGUGCGAUGUGAGAACAACUGGAAUGGAAGUAAUUAACCAUUGGAAUAGGCGUCUCAGUGCAAUUCGAAGGAAGGAGCAAUGGCAGUGGAGAGGACCGCCAAAGAAAGUGUCAGCUCGGAUUAUAGAUCGUCCACAUCGAGCCGACAGUCGUCUCGGUUUAUGCUGGUAGAUUUUACGAAGGAUGAGAUCGCCCACAAAGCCUUCAACCUCCACCAAAACCCACCGGCGCAAGACUUCUACCAGCUGAAGGAGCGCUAUCUUUCGGAGGGAACCUACUUCGAGGAUCCGGACUUCCCUCCAUCCCAUCAAUCGCUCACCAAACGCCAAUCGAAACCGGAUGUCACGAUCCGAUGGCUUCGCCCUCGGGAGAUCUGCCGAAAGCCACGUUUUCUGGUAGACGGUGCAUCCCGAUUUGACGUUCGACAGGGCAACCUGCAUGACUGCUGGCUGCUGGCAGCGAUCGCGAACCUUACCUCCAACCAGCGGCUGUUCCAGAAAACCGUCCCGCUGGACAACUCGUUCGCCGACGAAGAGUACGUGGGAAUUUUCCACUUUCGUUUCUGGCAGUUCGGCCAAUGGGUCGAUGUGGUGAUCGAUGAUCGGUUGCCAACGCGCGACAAGGAGUUGAUCUUUAUGCGAUCCAGCGAGAAGAAUGAAUUCUGGAGCGCACUGCUUGAGAAGGCUUAUGCUAAGCUUCACGGCUCGUACGAAGCGUUGAACAGUGGUACGUCUCGGGAAGCUAUGCAGGAUUUUACCGGAGGCAUUACGGAAUGGUACCGAUUGGGGGGACAGAUACCGGCUCCGCCGGAGAAUUUGUUCGAUAUCAUCCAUAGUGGUCUCCUGCGAGGCUCAAUGUUCGCCUGUAGUAUUUCCGCCGAUCCAGAGCACCCGGAAGCAUUCACCCCACAAGGUUUGGUGAAAGGACAUUCCUACUCUCUCACGAAAGCGCACAUUUUAGACGACAGCGAAACUAAACUGAUUCGGCUCCGAAAUCCUUGGGGAGAUGACAUCGAGUGGAAUGGCGCCUGGAGUGACCGAUCCGAUGUGUGGGAUGAUAUUCCAAAAGAGGAACGGAAACGAAUCGGACUCACCCUCGACCAUGACGGCGAGUUCUGGAUGGACUUCAACGAUUUUCUCCGUUACUUUAGUCGAGUGGAGAUUUGCAAUCUAUCUCCGGAGUCGCCGGAUCUCCCGGAGGAAAUUCAACGCGGCUGGCAGGUUUCCACGAUCGACGGUGAGUGGGUAAAAGGGUCCACCGCUGGGGGAUGUGACGGCAACUAUGAAUCUUUUGCGAUGAAUCCACAGUACGUUGUACGGUUGGAUGAACCCGAUCUGGAAGACACGAUGUGCACGAUAGUUAUUGCUAUCAUGCAAAAAUACCGCCGAGCGGAUGAUCUUCAGUAUUUAACCAUAGGAUUCGUAGUGUAUCAAGUAACUGACGAAGAUCUUCGCAACAAACCACUGCCGAGGGAGUUUUUCGAGAAAAACAAUGACCGGAUGGAGUAUCAGGCCAUUUUCAUCAACGCCCGCGAGUUGAGCUGUCGUUUGAGACUGAAACCGGGGAGGUAUCUGAUCGUGCCUGCAACCUUUGAACCGGGCCAAGAAGGCGAGUUCUUGAUACGAAUUUUCUCUGAGAUGCGCAACUGUUUGGAGGAAAACGACUGUACCGUGUGCUUCGGCACAAUGGACGAUCGAGUUGCUGGACCAUUGCUGGAGAACGGCGACUGGGAGCAGAUGGUUCGAUCUUUCUACGAUGUGGCGGAUAGAAGAGGGGAAAUCGAUUCCAUAGCUUUGAGUGCCAUGCUGAAUCAACAUUUCUUCGCUCCCACAACAUUACACAGAAAAAGACUAAGCAUCUGGAAAAGGCUAUCGCUGCGACUUCGACAUGUCCUGGUGUGCUGCUGGAUUGCCCCUUUACGGCCUAAAUCACGAACGGAUAACCUAACAAAUGCGAAUCAAUCUCUCGUCCAGCGAAUUUCCAAACUCUUGAUCGGUCGGGUGAACCCCGGCAAAUCACCCAAGCUGAACUACGAUCAAUUCAGAACCGUUGUACGGGAUGUCCAGCAGUGGCAGGUGGUGUUCGAUUUGUACGAUCUCGACCACAGUGGACACCUUGAUCGGAAAGAACUGAAGAAGGCGCUGAACUCCUCCGGUUUCAAUGUGAAUAAUCGCGUUCUGCACGAACUGAUGCGACGAUCAAAUGAAAGAGAUGUAACCCAAAUGGAUCUGACGGUUUUCGUGUUCUGUGCGGUGGAAAGUCGAAACGCUAUUGAAAAACUUCAACAAAACAUCGUGACAGGUUCGAAUGCAAUCAUUACCGACAUACGUGCCAAAUAGUAUAAGAAUACGUAAAAUAAAUGGAAAAUAUUAUAAGCUCUGCUCAAUAUGCUUGUCAAACUAAUACCUCAGCAAAAUGAUCUGCAUGUUAAAUAUACAGAUUUUAUUAUAUAUUGUUCUAAAAUAUACAUGAAUUCAUUGAUCUAAUCGUACGUCAAUCGCUGUUAUAGUU